AUGCCUUCCCUGUUUUUCGUCGUUGGGUUGGCCUUGGCCAUAGUCCCGGCGAUUGCUUCCCCCGCCGGGACCAGGUUCGCACGCUGCUUACGACCGAAGCUUUCGCACUCCGCAAAGCUAAUAAACGCUGAAUCGGACGUGAUUAUUCCCCGAUGGACAGAGUAUAAAGAGUUCAGUACUGGCCACAUUGUGAAUGUAUCCACCGAGGCAGACGUUCAAGCUGCGGUGCGAUGCGCCAAUCAAGCUGGUGUCAAGUUCUUCGCGCAGUCCGGCGGCAAUGCCUGGACAACAACCUGGAGCCUUGGAGAAAAUGACGUCGUGAUCAAUCUUCGGAAUAUGAAUAGCGUGAAGUUCAAUGCGGAACGUACGCUUGUGGAAGUGGGAGGUGGUGCGACCGUUGCUGAAUUGACAGAUGCUGCUUACGCCCAUAAUACGCAAGUCGUGGCUGCUAAUUGCAAUUGUGUAGGCGCAAUGGGUGCCACGCUCGGUGCAGGUUACAGUCGCAUGAUGGGUGAGCGUGGGUUUAUGAUGGACAACGUCCUGUCUUUUCGCGUUGUUCUGGCAUCUGGGAGAACUGUUGAUGUCUCAGAAUUCUCUCACCCCGAUCUAUGGUGGGCUAUGCGUGGCGCUGGUGCAAAUUUCGGGAUUGUUGUUUCGUCUGUCAUGAAGGCCUAUCCCACACCUGCGGCUCAGAAUGGUGCUUGGGUUGGUAACCUUAUUUUCAGCGAGGACAAGAUCGAGAGCGUCGUGUCUGCUGUCAAUGAUUUGACUUUGACAUCUAAGAUGGCCAUCUUCUUUUAUUUCGCUAAUGGAGGCGCACCUCACUACACCCCCAUGUUCAUGGUUACACCGUUUUAUCUGAGCAGUGGGAAUACGACUGCUGCCACUGCUGAAGCCCGCGAAGCUUUUGCCUCGAUAUUUGACCUGGAGCCUGAAGCGGACACCACCACGUGGACCCCUUAUAACGAGGUCAACGCUGGCAGCGAAAGCUUCUGUGUCAGAGGCGGCCGCAAGGCUAGCUACGGCUCCGCACAGGGACAACUGGAUCCGACGACCUGGCGAACAAUCUACACCGAUUACGUUAACUUCCUCACGACACAUGGCGGGGACAACGUCGGCAGCUCGCUUAUUCUCAUGGAAGCCUACAGCCUGCAAUUCGCCGAGAGGAAGGGUGACUACAGCUCGGCAUACGCGUGGCGGUCUACAAACCGCUUCAAUACGGUGGCCAUUGCAUGGUACACGGACGAAAGUUUAGACGAGACCGCCAAUGCAUGGGCGAGUCAGGUUCGUGAUGACUGGCGGGCGACCAGUGGACUCAAGUCAAACUCGACGUACAUCAACUUUGCCUUUGGUGACGAGUCACUCGAGGAUAUUUACGGCGAUAAUGUGUCCGUGCUCAGGGCGCUGAAAUUAUUCUAUGACCCCCAAAACAAGUUUAAUCAAUUCUUCCCCCUGAAUUGA